AUGGACUUGCGUUUAUAUUUCAUCGUUGACAUUUUAACCGUGCUGCUAAUUCACGAAGUUGUAUUCUCUAAAUGCGAUUUUCAAACCAAAGCAUAUAAUCAUUUCACCAAAUCCUAUGUGGAUGGAUUUCAAAGAAAGGAAAGACAAGCGCCAAUAGAUCCAUCCCGUAUGUAUUUGCCACCGAGGAUAGAUUCCAUCGCAUCUAGUGGUUUUGGAGGACAGAUAGAAGUGUCAAAUAAUUUUGGCAGUAAUAACAAUGGUUAUGGAGAAGUUGAAAACGUCCAGGACACAUUUGCAAAAAGUCCAACAUCAGAUUAUAGUAACUAUGGUCCAUCGUCCAAAACCACUGAUGAUGCAAGUGGUGUCCAGACUACUCUAAGAUCAUAUGAUAAUAGUAAUCAUACAUUGAAUGGACCUGUUGGGUCAUCAUUAGAUCAGAGUAAUGGUUACAAUACUGUAUCACCAGGAGAAAACAAUUUCGGACAAAUUUUGAAUAAGAAUAAUGAUUAUAUUAGUGCUGUAAAUUUACCAGGCACUAACAAUAACUAUGGUAGUUCAUUGGGUACAACAUCGAUACCAACUAAUAAUGAUUUUGCUGCACAAACCGGAACGGAGGACGGUUAUGGACAAAACGAGCUAUUGAAUACUGCACAAAAUCAAGGUCCGACUGAAUAUAAUGGAGCCACGGCAGCUAGUCAAUUUAGUCAGUACCCAACCGCAGAGGGCGAUCAGUACAGCCAGCAAGGUACAAUUGGGAAUAUGGCAGGUGGUUAUGGUAACGUAGAUUUGAUUACAUCAAAACCUUCACUGCAAGAUAAUAAUCGAAUUGGUGGUCAGAACCCUUACAGUCAAGGGGGUAACGGAAACGUUGGUCCAAACGGAGGUCUACCAUUUUCUAUAGAUAACAGCUAUUAUGGUAACACAGCACCCAACUCGUAUAGCCUACAAUAUACAACUGGGAAUCAAUUAUAUAGUCAAAUUGGAAAUGGAAAUAGGCCCAACACACAGUUUAACGGUGAAAAGAGUAUAGAUAUCUCAAACAAUCCGUCUUCUAUUGGUUCAGUAGGAUUUCCAAGCUCAGUUCCAAACUUUCACUCAAAAGAUAAUCCAAUAACUAAAAGUACAUCGCAGUCCAACAACAAUAUCAUUAAUGGAAAUUAUGGAGAAAAUGAGUUUUCCAAUGAUCGUGGUUUUCAAGCUGAAGGAUAUAGCAAAGAAGUAUCGUCUUCCGGAUAUGGACCAAACCCUAGUGAAUCAAAUCAAGGUGUCUCAACAACAACUCAAUCUUAUGGACAAAAUGAUUUUGAAAAACCAAAAACCUAUUCAUUUUCAUUGAAUUCCAAGGAUUUACCUCAUUCUGGAGAAUCUUUUAGUCAAUCAUUGCCAAUUAAUAAUGGAUUUGAACAAAGUCCGACUAACGGGUACAAUCAAAAGUUUACAGGAAUAAAUAAAAACCAAGUUGGUGAUACUUCCAUUAUUGGCUCUCAAAGUCUCAACUCUAAAGGAACCAGUAAUGGAGUACAGUCAUCAGGAGUAAAGUAUCAGAAUUCGUACGGCCAGGGUUCAUCGGAGGUUCAAAAUUUCAAUCAGGGACAGGGUUCUUCAAAUUACGAGAACGGGUUUGAUUUAAACCCACAAAGCCAAUUACAAAGUUCUAACAAUUUUGGACAGUCGGGAUCGCAUUCAAUUGGAAAUGAAGGGAACUAUGGUCAGAUUUCUCCAGCGUAUAAUCGAUUUAAUCAAGAUCAACAAAACUAUGAGCUGUCCAAUAGCUACGGACCAACACCUGGACCUUCUCAGCCUUUCACAAAUGGAAGAAAUCCCGUCCAAAAUCAAUCGAAUGGACCAGCGAAUGAUGGAUAUAACGAAGGUAAACCAUCGAAUGGUCCUAAUGGUUUUGGUGAAAGCCGUCCAAGUACGCAAAACAACUAUAGUCAUUCUAAAUAUCAACCAUCAUCUCUUAGUGAACAUGGUUACGGGCAAAGUGGUCCAGUUCCAUCUUCAAGCGGCGAAUAUUACCAAGGAAGUUCGUCAAACGAAUUGAACGGUUUUGGACAAAAUAGACCGAGCACAGCUCAAGGAGGACGGCCAUAUAACUAUGGUCCCGCAGGAUCUCAGUCAUUAUCUACUACUAGAAAUAGCUUUAAUCAAAAUUCAAAUACAAAUGGAGCUUACCCGCAAGAAGCACCCCAAGAUUCAAAAUCGUACGGAGAAAACAGCGUGAAGCCUAAUUCUUUAAAUAGAGAUAAUAUAGCUUCAGCUCAACUAGGUUAUAGUCAAAAUGAUUUGGCCACACAAAGUUUGGGUCAGGAAAAUUCCAGUUCACUUCCAGGUUAUGGACAAAGAAUAGGGCCUUGCACUUCCAAAAAUGGUGGAGAUGUCGAACAAGGCAAAACAAGUACUUCUUCGCCAUCAGACCCUAGUUAUGAAAUUCGAAACCAAAAAAAACAUUCUACACUUGUUCCAAAAGGGCAGUUUCAAAAUUCCAACUUACCAAAUUCAGGAAAGGGAGUACAAGUCUCUCCUAAUGCUAACAAUAAUGGUAAUAAUUAUGGCAAACCAGGUUAUAAUUCAUUUUCCAAUUUUUCACCAGGAAAUCAGCCCAACCAACCUGGAACUAAUAACUGUGAUACGAGUAAACGUGGUGAUGCCACAAAUGAAGACGUUUUCUCACCUUUAAAUACUGGUUACUAA